AUGAACCUUAAAUACAUGCCUAGAAAUCGCGAUUUCGGUCUGCAAAGCAAACUGGCUCGCUUACAGAAAUACAAUCCCGAUUGGAAACAUGAGGCCUUCUGUGUUUUAAGCCACCGUCUGGGUAUGUCUCAUUUCGAGGUUGCUGGUGGUGUUAGCACGCAGUUGGAGGCACACGACAAGGAACAUGCUAUAUCCAAAGCAUGA